GGCGGGGAUGAAGAAGACGAAGAGGAGGAGGAGGAGGAGGAGGCGGAGCUGGAGGAGCUGCUGGGCCCCUCUCCGCUGGCCGUGGAGCCCGGCGCGCAGCGCGUCGCCGUGGUGCACCCGGCUGUCAAGUGGGGCCCGAAGAAGCCGCCGCUCACCAGGGCUGAAUUACAGAUUGCUGAAGCCGUUGCUCUUAUAGAUACCCUUCAGAACUGGACGGUUUUAGAGAAAAUAAUUAUUCCUACAAAAAAUCCUGACAAGAAGUUUAUUUUUGGCAAAGGAAACUUUCAGGCGUUGACAGAAAAGAUUAAAAAAUUGCCCCAUGUGACAGCUGUCUUCUUGAAUGUGGAAAGAAUAUCUUCACUAACAAAGAAAGAACUAGAAGAUGCCUGGGGCGUGAAAGUCUUUGACAGAUACACAGUUGUACUUCACAUUUUUCGUUGUAAUGCCCGGACCAAAGAAGCAAAACUUCAGAUAGCAUUGGCUGAAAUUCCACUUCUCAGGUCAAAUCUGAAAAAUGAUGUGUCUUGGCUAGAUCAGCAGAGAGGUGGCUCAAGAUACAUCAUGGGCUCAGGUGAAACAUUCAUGGAGACACAGAAUCGUAUCUUGAAAGAAAAAGAACUUAAAAUUAGGAAUGCCCUGGAGAAACUAAGAAGAAAAAGGUCUUUACUUAGAACUCAGCGCAGAAAACGCGAGUUUCCUAUUAUCUCAGUAAUGGGCUAUACUAAUUGUGGAAAAACUACUUUGAUCAAAGCUUUGACUGGCGAAGCAGGACUUCAACCCAGAGAUCAGCUGUUUGCCACUCUUGAUAUUACAGCCCAUGCUGGCUAUCUGCCCUCACAUAUGGCAGUUAUUUAUGUUGACACCAUUGGCUUUCUGACUGAUCUUCCACAUAAUCUGGUUGAGUCCUUUUCGGCUACGUUAGAAGAAGUGGCUUACUCAGAUCUGAUAGUUCAUGUGAGGGAUAUUACUCAUCCAGAAACCAUUCUCCAGAAAGCAACCGUUCUGUCAGUUCUGAAGAAUCUUAAUCUUCCCAGCCAUUUAUUGGACUCAAUGGUAGAAGUUCAUAACAAAGUGGAUUUGAUAGAAAGAUAUAAACCCACUGAAGAAAAUGCUUUAGCCAUUUCUGCUCUACAUGGACAUGGUUUAGAAGAGCUGAAAGAAGAAAUAGAGAAAAAAAUCUUGACAGCAACAGGGAAGAAGAUUCUGACAGUUAACAUCAACUUAGAGGGACCUCAGCUAAGUUGGCUCUAUAAAGAAGCAACAGUUCAGGAAGUAGAAGUCAUGCCUGAAGAUGGCACAGCCCGGGUGAAGGUGAUAAUCAGCAAUUCUGCUUUUGGCAGAUACAGAAACCUCUUUCCCAACAGUAAGAUUUUUAUGCCAUGAAACUGCAUCCUUUUCUAGGAAAAGAAACUGAUCUCAUUAAGAGGAUGUGAAAUGAAGUUAAUGACCUGUUAGUCUAGGUGUUGAAGAGCGUAUUUCUUCUCCAGUUGAUGUUUUUGACGCAUUUUAGAACUGGACAGUUUCAGAAAACUUCUGUUUGGAAACAGUAAGAGCUUUGGGCUUGAUUCUGUCAGCAAGCGCAAGGACAGCACUAACUUCUUAAUGUUAAAACAGUUGUUCGCUAUAAGCUGUGGAUCUCAAACACAUGGAAAUCACUGGAUGGCAUCUGAAUUAACCUUCAGAAAAGUACCAAGUUUC